AUGCCAGCAUCUUUAGUCUUCAACAGAGUCCAAGUACUUUCGGCAGACGAAGUUCUGGAACCUGAAAACCCCUCCAACGCCGUAGUUCCAGCCAUUACACUGCGCAAUUCUGAUGUACAAACGUUAGAACCUAAAAAAUGGUUGAACGACACUAUCAUUGAUUUUGGUAUGAGGUUAGUCAAGCAGCGUCCUGACGCUGUCGAUGAUUUCUACAUCUUCAACUCUUUCUUCUUCACCAUUCUCUCGGCCCGUGAGUACCGCUCGCUGCAGUUAAUCCCAAUGUAA